AUGGCAACUAACGGGCUUUGUCUUUUGUCUUCCGCUCUGCGUUGUGCGUGUUUUUUUUUUAUAUUCUGGUUCGAUACUCAGGAUGGACUGUUUGAUGUGUGCUGGAGCGAAGUGAACGAGAACCAGUUGAUCACUGCUAGCGGCGACGGAUCCAUAAAGCUCUGGGAUACGACAUUGGCUGAUUUUCCUAUUCAAAACUGGCAUGAGCAUCAGAGGGAGGUGUUUUCGGUUAACUGGAACUUGGUCAGCAAGGAUACGUUUUUGAGUGCAUCAUGGGAUAAUACUAUCAAGCUGUGGAAUCAAAAUAGUCCUCGGUCAUUACAGACGUUCAAGGGACACUCUCACUGCGUGUACUCUGCAAUGUGGUCUCCUCACUCCCCUAGUCUCUUCGCAUCUUGUUCAGGAGAUCACACCGUAAAGUUGUGGGAUGCGAAUUCACCGGCACCGAUCCAGACAAUCCUCGCUCAUGGAAAUGAGGUAUUGACGCUGGACUGGAAUAAGUACCAGGAUCAUACGGUUGUAACAGGAUCGGUCGAUCAUACGAUCAAGGUGUGGGAUUUGCGUCGUCCGGAUCGGGAACUGAAUUGUCUGAGGGGACACGAGUAUGCGGUGAGGAAGGUGAAGUGUUCGCCGCAUUCGGGAUCGCUAGUAGCAUCAACUUCGUACGAUAUGACGAUGCGGAUGUGGGAUAUUACAACAGGGGAUAUGAUUGAGAUCCAUGAUGCGCACACGGAGUUUGUGCUCGGAGUCGACUUUAAUCUGUAUCGGGAUCGGGAGGUGGCCACUUGUGCGUGGGAUGAGAGCGUACAUGUUUUUACACCGAGGUGUCUGAUGUGA